AAAUAGCAUUUAGAGUUCAAAUCAAAAAUAUACAACCACAAGAUGAAGUUCCUUCUAGUGACAAGUGUCCUGUUGAUCAUCGUUUCCCAAUGCGUGGCGCGAGAGAUUGGAGUAGUCCGUCGGCACCAGCGACCCCAUCACCUGGGCACCGUUAAGCCGGAGACAAGGGUUGUGGGCGGCACCGAUGCCCCCGCCGGUUUCGCCCCCUACCAGGUGUCCAUCAUGAGCACCUUUGGCGAGCAUGUGUGCGGCGGCAGCAUCAUCGACGAUCGCUGGAUCCUGACGGCCGCCCACUGCCUGGAGUGGCCCACACAGUACCUGAAGAUCGUGACCGGCAGCAAUGACUACACCAAGCCCGGCGCUGAGUAUCUGGUGGAUGGGGCCAAGGUCCACUGCGGUCACGACAAGCCCGCCUAUCACAAUGACAUUGCACUCAUCCACACGGCCAAGCCCAUUGUCUAUAAUGCGCUGACGCAGCCCAUCCAGCUGGCCAGCAAGGGCAGCCUCCCCAAGGCCGGGGACACGCUCACCCUGACUGGAUGGGGCAGCACCCGCACCUGGGGACGCUAUGUCACCGAUCUGCAGAAGAUCGAUCUGAAGUACAUCGCACAUUCGAGCUGCGAGUCCAAGGUGCGCAAUAUCAACUGGCUGAGCGAGGGACACCUGUGCACCUUCACCCAGGACGGAGAAGGCUCCUGCCACGGCGACUCCGGCGGCCCGCUGGUGGACGAGAACGGAACCCUCGUGGGCGUCGUCAACUGGGGAGAGGCCUGCGCCAUCGGGUAUCCGGAUGUGUACGGAUCCGUGGCAUACUAUCGGGAUUGGAUAAAUGAGAUGAUGACAGAAGCGGGCACCGCGUGCUAAAGUCACCCCAGUGGGGUCAAAAGCCACUCCGAACAAAAAACAGCUAUCGGCCAUAUAAACGGCGGUUGCAAAUCGAUCAAAGUAGCCAGUAAAUUUUAUCACACAAAUAUCGUAGUCAUUAAAUAAUUUAUGAACAAAUAAA